AUGGGCCGCCUCGAGAUCCGUGUCUGCGGUGCCCGCAAUGUGGCGAACGUGCAGAGGGUGGGUAAACCCGACCCGUACGUAAAGGUCAAGUUGGGCAACAGUAAGAAGUCGCAGAUUAAAUACAAGACCCACGUAGCCGAGAACUGCCUUAACCCCGUCUGGAAUGAGCUCUUCAAGUUUCAGGUCGCCGACUACGACUCGAUGCAGGUAGUGUUCGAGCUGUGGAACGACAACGUCAUCGUCGACGACCUCCUCGGAAGCUACAGCCUCUCCCUCAACGGCCUAACCCGCGGCGUCGUCAUCGAUACCUGGGUGCUUCUCGAGGGAACGAAGGGCUCAUCCUCGGAGCUGCACUUGCGCGUCCUCGCAGUGGACUUUGGCCGCGACCCGGGACCUGGCGACCGGCUCACCUUAUCGCUCGAGGGGGAUACCAUGAUGCCAUCUACGGGCCAGACAUACCGUCCGCCGAAGAACUACGUGCCGCCAACCCAGGGGAUUGUACUGCAGUCGUACCCCCCUGCUCCGCUAGGGCCUCCGCCGCCGGUGGUCUACAGUCCCUCGGCUGCGCCGAGGCCGCAAGUACAGUACGGCUACGUGACUCCACCACAACCGCAGAGGUACGCAUGCGGUGCUCCUCCCCCACCGCCACAGCAGCCGCCGUCGCAGGGGUACGGCUACGGCGCUGUUCAGGCGCCACAAAACUACAGCUAUGGCGCGCCCCCUCCCCCGCAGCCCAUGUAUGGCGCCCCGCAGCUGCCGCAGUGUCUCCCGUACGCUGCCGGUCCUCCGCCACCCCAGAUGUACGGCCCUCCCCCUCCGCAGCGGCGGCCGGUGCAGAUGGCCUACGGUAUCCCGCCCGACAUGUAA